GUGCCGCAACGCCACGGCCACGUCAACAUGAUCAACAUCAUGAAGCGCUUUGUCGAGUCGUCGGUGAAUCAAGCGGUAUCCGAUGAUGCACCGACUACUGAUGAUGCUACUGCUAUGGGAAUGUCCGGUGAAUCAGGAGUGUCCUUGCCUCCAUCCUCGAUCGAUCCGCCUCAGUCGACGGAACGCCCAACUCCACGUGUCGGAGGUGUAGCCCCUGCUCCGACUUCUCGAGAACGCACCCCAUCAUCCACCGUGACACUGCGUCGAUCUGUUCCUAAAGCUGACUUGGUGAUGGCAAUCGAGCGAUUUCAGUACGCCAUGUUGUUGGCUGAGAGAAAGACGGCCGUCGGUCAGCUGCAGAAGUUGUGGGCCGAUGCAGACAUUCCGGACGAAGCCCACCGGCUAAUCAUUCCGGUCAUUUUGAACGCACUCGUCACGGAUCCGCGGGACACUGAGCUUAUGGAAGCAAUGCUCGAGCUCAUGCAGUCAAUCGUCACAGUCAAUCCGUCGAAUGCGACCUUCUUGCUUCAAGAACCGCAUGCUCUCGACACAAUCCUGGGGCUCAUGCAAGACCCUUCGCCGUGGAUUCGUGGCCCAACCGUUCAGCUCAUUAAGCGAGUACAGGACGGCGACUCGUCCAGCUUUGCCACGCACAUUUUGGCAUGCCAAGAAGGGUUGCGUUUGUUGCUUGAAGUCGUCGAAGACAAGCGCGAACAUAUUCGAGACACGGCGGUCCAGAUUUUACUCAGCAUGACGCUCAAUCAAACGCCAAUGACGUUGCGCCACGUGCAGCAGUUCCUCGCGUUCGAAGAUGGCUUCACGCGGCUGUUUCAGAUCGUCGACUUGGAAUUGGAUGGACACGGCAUGGAAAGCGCCGUCCUCGCCGACAGCCUCCACGUGAUUCUCAACAUGGUGCGAAAUAACACGAUGACGCAGUCGUUGCUGCGAGAAACGCCGUUCAUCCCAGUCCUGUUCCCGCUCCUGCUGGAAGCUGGUCUCCCGCCAUCGCCGUCCGAUCAACGUGCCGACCACGACGACGCCAUGUCGAGCGAGCCUGCAGGUGCCGCUGGUCUCGACAGCGCGCUUGAGAUCCUGGCGAGUGUAGUUGGACCGGUCUUUGCAAAUACUCCGCCAGAAGAACUCGAUGAAAUUGCACGACGCGACCAAACCAAACGGCACGACGAGCGUGGGGCUGUGCAAGCACACUUGGCUGCCUUGCCCGAAGUAGUCCAGGCCGUGGGCGAAGUCGCCUGCCGAGGAGUCUCCCUGGCCGAUCGCAAACACGCCAUACAGGUGCUGCACCUGCUCUGCGACGAAAACGAUGCCAACCAAGUCAUGGCGCUCACGCUGACGUCGAUGACGGGACCGACGCCGAUGUACGUGCUCAGCAUGUGCUUGGCGCUGGAUGUCCACCAUGAAGAAACACCCCUCGGCGCGAGCGCGCGAACUCUUCUCGACAACGUGUGGUACAACGAUUUGGCCAAAAUCUCCAUCUUGCAACACAUCCACGUCCCUCCGCCCCAUGAAGCCGGCGCAAUCGAACCAGUCGGCCAAGCUCUCAUCAAGAGAAUGGCGACUACACUAGAUGCGCUGGUGGCGCAAUCGACAGCUGCAUUGUCGCUGACGCCCAAAGAUGCCGCCAAAAUCGUUUGGAAAUGUUGUGCACGAUGGCGCAGCUUGUUGCACAACAACGAGUGUAAGCUACUGGCGCUACGAGUACCGGCGCCGCAUGCGACCCACGCCGUUAGUGGCAGCUGCUUCUUGACCGCGUGUGUGAAGUGGGUUGUCGAUAUGCCGCGCACAAAAGCGCACUACCCCGUUUUGGUCGGUCUCUUUCGCCUCGUGCUUGGAUGGGUCCACGGAUGUGGCCCUGCCAUUCAAGAAAUCGUGACGAGUAUUCCUACCCUCACCUUUCUGUGCCAAAACAUCGACAAGCUGCCAGCGAACAACGCGACAAGCGACCAAAUCGAGGUGGAACUUGCUGGACUGUCGGCGAUGAUGCUGGGAGUGUGUCUCGAUGGGCUUGACGGCAAAAGUCCCGUGCCACUGACAAAAGAACAAGUGCUCGGGUGGAUCACGCGCCAAGUGGGCCUUCAAAAAUUCACCGACGCGUUUGGGCACAUGCAGCAACUGUCGACCUUUCAGAAUUCGUCGACGCGGACGGGCGCCGAUGGAGUCGCUGCCGUCUACGACAAGACAUUUGUGCAAUGGUUUAAGCACGUUGCAGACACCACACGAGUGGGCAUUCUCAACGUGUAUAUGGGUGCUGCAUCGUCUGGCGGAACGGUCGGCGACGACAGUCGAUCCAGGGCGUACCAAGACUUGAUUCGCAUGCAAGACCAGCAGCUGCAUGCGCUACAAGAACAGGUCAGGCACCUCACGACCGGUGGGGCUCCUGCGCCAUCGUCGCUGGACGCUCUUGAGAACGAACUGGCAAGCGCUCGCACCUUCAUUGCGGACCUCAAGCAAGCUCAAGAUCACAACGAGUCGCGGAUUCGAGGCCUCGCCGCGGCCAACGACCUCGUCGAGCGUGAGCUUCAGCGCAAAGAGGCAGAGCUCAAGACGUUUCUUCAAUCGGCCAAGCCGCCGUCUUCGUCGACGCUACCUGCAUCGUCUUCGGCAUCGUUGAACGAUCGUGCAUGGCCGGAGGAACACCAACUACGGAUGGACCAGCUCGAGAACGACCUGCGUCGACUGCAGCGGCAAUUGCAGGACAAAGACGACGAGUUGGACGGUGCUCGCCACACGAUUGAGUUGCUUUCGGUGCAUCAAUCCAUCGUCUCUACGGCCCACGUCCCCACGCGUGACCAAAGUGUUCAAGUUGAUGGCCCCGACGAAACUGUGCUCGUCCACCAACGAGUGGCGACGUUGGAGAGAGAGCUGCAGGAAGCGCAUGACAUGCACCGCGCGACCGUGUCGACUUUGGUGGCUAGACACGAACAGGCCGCGAAGGAGUGGGAGAGCGACGCAAGUGCGAAACUGAACCAAGCUUUGCAAGCACAGGCCGCUCGCCUCGACGCGCAACACCAAGCGCAAGUGGACGAGUGGAAUGUCACUCGCGUACGAAUCUCUCCAUGGCAACGAACGAACCACAUCGACCAUGAAUGCACACCCAUGCUGUGUGAUGGGUAGAUGAAGCAAGAGUCGCAACUGAAUCGGCUGCAGAACGUAUUCGAGCAGCUUCAGAACGAAAGCGCGAAGAUGCUGCAGUUGGAAGCUGAAGUGAACCGCCUCCAGGCCGCCAACCAAGCGCAGAUGGAGAGUGUGGCAAGUGCAUCCGAAACAGAGCAAGAUGUGUUGAUGCUCCUUGGCAGCUUGGUUUGUUUCCAUCGUCGUGUGCAUCUGCCGCGAACUCACAGGUUUUGGCCAUGGAAAACGCGAUAGGAGAUUCAAUGCCGCAGUUUCCGAGACGUGCUCGAGCAAGUGCUUGGCCCCGAAGGCGUCAACAAGGCGCUCAAACUCAGCCAAGACCGUGGCGCCGUCAAUCUUUUCGCGCGUGACUAUAAAUAAUGACUUGCGUUGACCCCUCCAGUGGCUCAUGCCAUCACUCCAA